UUUAUGGGAACCCCUUCCUGUGCAGGAGUUGAGAAUCGAGUUCCAGGGCUUUCCACCCUGGCACCCCUUGCCUGGUCUCUUCUGACCCUAAUCACGUAGGUCUGAGGUUUGCUGUUCCCAGAUUACUGGGCCCUGAAUCCAGCUUAGGAAGCUAUUUAUGGCUGGGAGGAAUGGAGCAGUUGUGGUCUGAGCCCUUGGCCACUCUGCCCCUUAUUUUGACCUGACCCUGGGUUCCAGGCCUCAUCCUUUCUAGAAGGGAAGGAAUGGUCAUGGUGUUCUGAGCUAUGGACAUCCCUGUUCCUCACUUCCUCUAAGGACAGAGAGGCUGAUAGAUUGAGUUUUCAGUAGAAGGCACUGAGCUCAGACUGCAGGAAGUUGUUGCCAAAUGAGAGAGGCUUCGAAAGUGGAGAAUGGGAGGCGAGAAGGCCUUAUGGACCUGGGAGCUGGGCACGAGGAUCCUGCUCCCCACUCUGCCACCUCCGUUCCCUAUGCUCUGUACCUUCUCUGUGUCUUUAUACUGGUGCUUACUUUCUGUGAACAGGGUGAGGUAGGGGUGGCCCGCUUCCAUUCUCCCCCCACCCCCACCCAUGGGCUGUAGUAGACUCAGGGACCUGCCUCUUCCCCAAGCUGUGUAAAGUCUAUACUGGGCCCCGGGGUAACAGAUAACUGCCAGGAGGGCUUCCUGGAGGGGACUGCAUCAGGCUUGGGGAAGAAGUGGGCCUGGGGAAGAGAAAAUGACUUUAUAUUCACUUCCUCUUCCUGCCCCAGAGGAUUAGGAGGUGGCCCAGGGGCCUGGAGGGUGAUUUCUGGGCCUCCAUAGGCCACCAAGGGAGGAUGUGAUGCCGCGCCGACUGAUAGCACCAGAGUCCCUCCCCGUACCUCUCAGCUCUCUUUGUUGCCAGGGCCUCCCUGAGCACUUGAAGUUGCUGCUGCAAGAGCUGUGAGGGUUAGAUAAGGCCCUGGAUGUCCCUAAGCUUCCUCAGGCAGGGCCUCCCACUGUUCUUGGUUCCCCUUCUGGGCCUGAGGACCCCCCUUACCCCUUCCACAACCGCUGCUGCACCUGCCAUACCCUCUUCCUGGCCUAGCCUGUGUUCUUCUCUAUGGGGGUCGGGGGCUACUUUCUCCAGGGAGGUGGCUCAGAGCCAGGGCUGUGUAAAUGACCUCUAAGGGGGUUCCCUCUGCUUGCUAAGACUUCCUCCCAUUUGGAGAUCAACAAAGGAUGAGAGCGAAGUUGGCCUCCUCCCCCUGCCAUAUCCCAGGCUCUGGGCUUGAGUCAGCAGAGCUUUGGUUAAGCUGCUUAAGGGAGCUGGGCUGGUGUAAGCCUCUUACUGAGAGGAGGGGGUUGGGAGGGGAGGAGGAACAGGGAAGGGGUUGUUCACCUGCCCCAGCACCACCCGUGUCAGAGAAAGUCCCCUCAACAUCAGCCUCACCUGACACAUCUAGAUAUCAUGCCAGGGGCAACCGUGGGACAAGAACUACCUCUGCUCCCCUGAGGAGAAUAUCUACAAGAUCGACUUCGUCAGGUUUAAGAUUCGGGACAUGGACUCAGGCACUGUCCUCUUUGAAAUCAAGAAGCCCCCAGCUUCAGAGCGGUUGCCCAUCAGCCGGCGGGACCUGGACCCCAAUGCUGGGCGCUUUGUCCGCUACCAGUUCACACCUGCCUUCCUCCGUCUGAGGCAGGUGGGAGCCACGGUGGAGUUCACGGUGGGAGACAAGCCUGUCAACAACUUCCGAAUGAUCGAGAGGCACUACUUCCGCAACCAGCUACUCAAAAGCUUUGACUUCCACUUUGGCUUCUGCAUCCCUAGCAGCAAGAACACCUGCGAGCACAUCUACGACUUCCCCCCUCUCUCCGAGGAAUUGAGUGCGUGGGCAGGGCUUUCUGCGAGUGGGGAUGUGGGGGGUGGGAGACGUGGGGGGCGUGUAGAGACCGAGCUGUGGGAGGGAGGGGGACUUGUGGGUCUGAUCCCAUUUCUCCCCGCCCUGGGGCUCUGUGUGUGGCGCCAGUCUCAUAUCAUCUGUAGAGAAAGAGGCUGGGGAUAUCUCAAGUUGUUGCCAUCCGCAAACCCCAGUCCUGAAGUCCCUCCAGUGGCGGGAAUUAGGCUCCUGACCUUUGCCCGGCCUGGCUGGGCCUCUCUUGCAGUAAGCGAGAUGAUCCGCCACCCGUAUGAGACCCAGUCUGACAGCUUCUACUUCGUGGAUGACCGGCUGGUGAUGCACAACAAAGCAGACUAUUCCUACAGCGGGACGCCCUGACCCCACAGCUGGCCCCACCCCAGGACGCUCUGGUUCUGGGCCCGGAGCUGUGACCUCCCCAACGCUCACCCCUGAACCCCAAGUCCUCUGCUUGGGAAGUGCCCCAGGAGACCUGGACCCUGAGUCAGUGUUGGGAGGAAGGGUACCUGGUGUCCCGCUCAAGCCGGUGAAGCCCAUGGGGCCUGCUGCGUGGGGUGGGGUCGUAGGGAGGCUGCUUGCCUCCACAUCUAGGAAGGCCUAUGAGAGGAGCAAUCAGGACUUCCAGACGACUUAGCUCAGCCCUCCUUGGGCCCAGUUUCAGAAUAGUGUUCCCCUAUCAAGGCUGUGACUAGGUCAGGCAGGGAUCCAUGCCCUGUCCCUCGCCCACUACCUUCAGGCCAUUUAGAGUUGUACCUUACAAAGAUCACGGUGGGCUCCAGCUGCCAAGCCACCCAAGGGAGUCUGGGCCCUAGGCCCAGCCCCAUCCCUCCCAUGAGGGGCCAGGACACUGCCUGAGGUGUGGGCGGGACUGGCUGAGAUUGCAGCCCAUGUUAGGAGCUGGACCAGCUGUAUAUAGUUUUCAAUAAACUUUCUCCUUUUCUGUU